UCUGAAAAGGGUUACUUGAAACUUUAGAGACAGCCUGGGUGGGGCAGAAUGCCCUGGCUGAGGAGGAGUGCAGAUAGGCUACCUCCAAUAUGAGGUGAGAAAACAGGCUUAAGCUAGGAACUGAUUAAGCACUAAGACCUGCUGGAGGCCCUUAGUAGGAGAACGGACCUGAUCUGGAUGUUUGGUUGAUUGCAGCAUAGGUGCUGCCAGACAGACAGUGAGACAGGCUAUUGCUGCUGGGAGUCUGCUUAUAAAGAAGGUUACUGAGCCUGAGCUCCUCAUAGGCUGCAAGUUCUUUUAUUUUGAUGCUUUUGUCCUUUUUGACCCCAGAAGGAGUUGAAUAUCUUAAAGUGGCUUGGCUUAAGACUGUUGUGGGGAAACUGAUGGAGCACUGCAAUGUUGGGCCUUGCUGCAAAGGGGUACUCGAAGAGGCAGUGAGAUUUCAAGUAGGCCUUGAUUUCGAAGAUCUAACUGAAGAUACAAAAAAGAUGUAUAUUUCAUCAGCUGAAGAAAUGAAGAAAGACCGUAAAUAUAAAAUGGACAUGCCAAAAGAGUUAGAAACCAUAAAAGAGUCCUGUUAUAUUGGCUUGGGUCCUGACUUCCAGCGUGUACUCUUCAGAAUCGGUGGUCGAAGUCCUCUGGUCUCAUAUUAUCUUAAGAUGCGUGAAAUCACUGAUGGUGUCUCAAGCUCUUUGACUUAUAAGAUGAAUCGUACUGAAAUUUGCAAGCUACCACCAGUUGCUCCAACUUAUCAAGAAUUUAUUAGAGAGACACGAAGGCUCAGAAGGGAAUUCCGGGAGGAUUAUACUGUAUUUCAGAAUAAGUGUAGAGAAGAUAUUUCAGAAAUAGAAAAGCGGAGAAAAGAAAUUAACCAGAAGUUUAGAAGACUAACAGAGAGCGCCUGCAAGAAUCCCUCUGAACUAAGGCUGAAUGCAGAUAUGUUAAUGCAUGAACUGGAAUUUGCAACGCAGGACAAGAAACCAUCCAGCAGUGGAAGAACUGUUUUUAUUCUCUGAUCCACAGAAGCAACCUCUUAAAUCAAGCAGGAUCCAAUCCAUCUUCCUGUGAAAUGGAUGGAAAGAUUCCCCUUGCCUUCAUAGAGUUCAAUCCAGUUCUCUAAAGCAACUAAAUCAACUGCUCAAAUUCACUUGGGAUGCAACCUAGUUUUUAAGUGUUGUACUGCAGAUACAGUGUUGGCUUUGUAUUGUGGAAUGCUGUUUAAAUAUCUUCAGAUUUAUUCUGAAUCAUUUAAUUUAAUAAUUCUCUGUGGUCAUAUCCUAUGAUUUGCUGUUAUACUUAGUCAUUUUAAAAAUGU